AUGGGUAUCGAUCUGGUCGCCGGAGGUAAGGUCAAGAAGACGAAACGAACUGCUCCCAAAUCUGAUGAUAUUUACCUCAAGCUCCUUGUCAAGUUGUACCGGUUUCUCGUUCGGAGAACUGGAGGAAGCAAGUUCAAUGCUGUGAUAUUGAAGCGGCUCUUCAUGAGCAAGAUCAACAAGCCCGCCCUCUCUGUGUCCCGCUUGAUUCGUUUCAUGCAGGCAAAGGAGGACAAGAUUGCGGUUGUUGUUGGGACAGUCACAGAUGAUAUUCGAGUCUAUGAAGUUCCGCCUCUGAAGGUCACAGCUCUAAGGUUCACGGAGAGAGCAAGGGCCAGAAUUGAGAAGGCUGGUGGAGAAUGCUUGACUUUUGAUCAGCUGGCUCUUAGAGCUCCUCUUGGUCAGAACACGGUGCUGCUUAGAGGACCGAAGAAUGCUCGUGAAGCAGUGAAGCACUUUGGUAAGGCUCCUGGUGUGCCUCACAGCCACACUAAGCCCUAUGUGCGUUCAAAGGGAAGGAAAUUUGAGAGGGCUAGGGGAAGAAGAAACAGCAGAGGCUUCAGGGUUUGA